GGCCGACAUUUAAAGCAAAGCCGACAAAGGUUUCCAGCUCUCUCCCAUUCCAUAGCAACAGACCGGGCUUUAGACCUUCAAAGAACUAGAGAGAAGCUUUGCUUCCAUCCUCACGAAUUUACAAUGGCAGACGAUGAAUACAAUGAUGUUGACAUGGGAUAUGAGGAUGAGCCGGCAGAACCUGAGAUUGAAGAAGGAGCUGAUGAAGAUGCCGAGAACAAUAACAAUGAAGAUGACACAGGGGAACCAAUUGAAACUGAAGAUAAAGAGGAACAGGCACCAGUGGAGCGGCCUCGUAAAACAUCGAAAUUUAUGACAAAAUAUGAGCGUGCCAGAAUUUUGGGUACCCGUGCACUUCAGAUCAGCAUGAAUGCUCCUGUGAUGGUUGAGUUGGAGGGUGAGACUGACCCACUUGAGAUUGCUAUGAAGGAGCUUCGUGAACGAAAAAUACCUUUCACCAUCCGUCGCUACCUGCCUGAUGGAAGUUAUGAAGAUUGGGGAGUUGAUGAGCUAAUUGUAGAGGACUCGUGGAAGAGGCAAGUGGGAGGUGAUUGAGCAAUCAUUAUUUGGUGAUUCAUGCUACCAUUUGAUCAAUUGAUAGUUUAAAGCCUUGUAUGAUAUGUAACCAAACAUCAAUGUUCUAAUUGCUCAGAACAUGACCUGUGAAACUAAACUGAAUAUGUGUGGUGUCAUGACAGUUUUUGAACUCUAGAAAUGCUUGUGAUUUCUAGAAAGAAAGGAAUGUGGGUGCUUUAAAUUUCAAA